AUAAUUCUUUGAGCGUACAGAACUUUUUAUCUACGAAUCACGUCAAAAUUGGUGACGAUUUGGUGGUGUAUGAGUAUGAAGCAUUUACGGGGUGAGUUAUGUUAUGAUCCGAAAGAAGAAGCCAAAUCGAUAGAUUGAGGGUUCGGUUAAGGCCAUGGAUAUGUACAAGAAUCCCACGAAGCUGGAAUAUUACGAUGACAUGUGGAGCCUCCAAUGCACUGCCACGCUAUUAUCUCACUUCAAGGGCGAUGAUGGUAGACAUGUUUUGAUAUUGGAUCGUACCAUAUUCUAUCCGCAAGGAGGUGGUCAACCCGCCGAUACUGGCUUUGUACUCAUUCAUGGCUUAGAAAACAAAUUUCUGGUAUCUGACGUUCGAUCCAAAGAUGGAAUUGUUUUCCACUAUGGUUUCUUUGAGAAUCUGAUGGGGGAAUUUGAGCCUACACGCGAGAAAGGGAAUGAGGUUUCACUGUUUGUUGACGAGCACAGGCGAAAACUGAACUCCAGAUUGCAUUCAGCGGGACAUUUGCUUGAUAUUUGUCUGCCAAGAAUAGGAUUGGGUCAUUUAGAGCCUGGCAAAGCCUACCAUUUUUCUGAUGGGCCUUGGGUUGAAUAUAAGGGUACAGUUCCACAAAAUGAAUUGCAGAGUAAGCAAAAGGAUCUAGAGCUGGAGGCCAAUGCAUUAAUUUCCUUGGGAGAAAGAAUUUCUGUUGAUAUAUUACCAUAUGAUGAAGCUGCUAAGAUUUGCGGAGGGAGUCUUCCCGAUUAUAUUUCUAAGGAAAGCACACCUCGCAUUGUGAGGAUAGGAGAUAAUCCUGGCUGCCCCUGUGGUGGUACUCAUGUCGCUGACAUUUCAGACAUCGUACAAAUUAAGGUUUCUCAAAUUCGGUCGAAGAAGGGGCUAACAAAAGUCUCUUACAAAGUCGAAUCCUAGAUAUAUUUGGCUGAGUCUGCUGCUGUGAAACUGCUAUUUUAGCUCCGUACUUCUAACUACUCUCAGAUAAGCAUCGCAGAAAACUAGCUGAAUUUGUAGUUUCUAUUUAGGUCCUUACUAAAUAAACUUCUUUUGUAAUCAUUAACAAAAACCAAGAAGAUUGUAAAAUAAACAAAGGUUUUUAUACAAGACAAAAUCAUCUCAUGUAUUAUGUAACUGGGAAAAUUUGUGAGAGUAUCUUAGUUUGCCCCUACUCACAUGACACACCAUUAUCCGCUUGGACAUGCUAUAUUGUCUUCAAUCCAAAUCCUGGUUGUAAUUUCCAAAAUUCAAAGUAAUGAAUGACCCUUUGAUAUGCUUGAAACUCACGCGUAUUGAUAUGUUGACUACUAGGCAAUAUCUUUGAAAUGCAGGUCCUCUCUAGAGAGUUUAUGCACGUCACGAUCACAAUGAUUUUGAGCUUUCUCUGUCCCAGCUGUUGUCAUGGUAAUGAGAAAAUUGAAUUGUGUAAAGUUUAAAAAUAAAUGGGUGGUAGUGAUAAGUUUGGCACCUUGUGAAAAGUCGAAACUCUUUUCCAAAAAUAGGGGUGCAAGAAUGGUCCGUGUAAAUGUGCAUGGAAGAAGGGUAUAAUGCGCAGCUACUUUCUUUUGCUAUCAGCCGCCACACCCUUUUGUUCAAAGUGGUGAGUAUCGUAUGGUCCAUAAAUAAGCCGUAACAUUAUAAGCACCAUUAUUACUCGCCCAAAAGUGUGACACUGCUAACACUAUUAUUUUUACUUCAAUUUCCUA